AUGACUAUGAAGUCUUCUGUGGGCGUUCAGGGGCAUAAGUCAGCAUCGACUUCAGAAUGGAAGCUGGUGAACUCGGGCACUCGUAUGGCGCGACCGCUUCGCGGAAUUGAGUUGAUGAUCAAACAUUCCGAGCAUCAUCUCGAUGGAAACUUCCAACUAGUCUGUGCCACGGGCUUUGACACGCCCUUAACAUGCGAACAAUUGAAAAAACGAUGCCAGGCAGCCUGGUGGCGUACGCGGCGCGCAUUCCCAGUCAUUGGCACCGACCUGGACAUGGAACAGGCUUACUUCGAACCUCACAACACGUCUGAAGCCGCAAAGCGCUGGGCUGCUCAAACAUGCAUCGUAGCGACCAACACCUCCAUCGACGAAGUCAUUCUCUCGCUUGUCCGUCGAUCUUUAGACAAGUCCACCAUGACCUUGGUCGUUGAUCCUAUCCGAGGCCACCGAGGCUGCGUCUAUAACGUGACACAUACUCUUACCGACACUACUAUCUACGGCCGUAUUCAUGAGUUCAUCACCCAGCUAACGCGCCCGGAUAACGAGCGUGGCAUCGACGCCAUCUUUACCCCGGAUUUCCUGCUUGACAUCACUCCCCGCCUCCCACAAUCGUUAUCUCACGCAUAUUCACGCCUCUACCAACCAACACCCGAAGAUCUUGCCGCCGCCAUGCAAGUGAUCGAGCGCGCGCAGGCUCGCUACGCUCGAUCGACAAUCGGCAUUCCUAUCCAGCCGGACUGGAAGAAUCGCCGUUCACACAUGCACAAUAAGACCGUCAGACUUGAGACCGACGAGGCCAGAACCGCUCUCAAAUGCUUCAAACAGCUCGGCAUCUCGCUGACAGUUGCCUUCUUCGCCUGUAUGACUUCCGCCAUCGCGCAGACUUUCAGCCAAGGAAACGAAGAGGGCGCCCAUCUACUCUUCAGCACCAGCGGUCGCCGCUGGUUAGAUCUUGCUGGAGAUGGCCAUGGACCUGUUACCAUGAGCAUCAUCCCAGCUGGUAUGUGGGUCAAUGCCAGCGAUGUCGACCUCCGCGCCAAAGAAAAGUACGGUCUUGCCAAGUUGGCUAAGGCUAUUGGGCAGGCCCAGGAAGAGGAUCUAGUGUCCCCCCAUAUAAUGGCGUUGUAUGAUCAGAUGGCGCCCGAAUUGGUCAAGGCCAUGGCAAACCCGGCUGACCCUCCUCCCAUCGCUCGUCCCACCCUAACUUCCCAAGGCCCUUUUGCCAAGCGGACGAUUGAUUCAUCCGGGGGUGACCCCAUCCGUCUAUCGGAUGUUACCACAGGUGGUCGGUCUACUGAUCCGGCUGUUUGCUUUGCAUUGUAUAGCUUCCGCGAAGAGCUAAAGUUCAAUCUUCUAUUUGAUGAGCGCUAUUUCGUUCCCCACGAGAUGGAACAGCUUGCAUGUACCGUUACCGGCCUCUUCCGGACUUUCAUUGCGGAAGAGGAGCCGAUACAGGCCAAGCUCUGA